AUGACAUAAGCUUUCCCUUCCGCGUAGUCGCGUACCCUGAAAAAAAUGGAAGAAUCGCUGAGGAUUCAUCACUUCGAGCAACUUCCUUCGGCAUCAGAGUUUGUUUCUCAGAUUGAAUCCAGAAACGUUCCUGCGGUAUUCAAAGGAUGCAUUAAAGAUUGGAAAGCUUUCUCCAAGUGGAAUCCUUCUUCCGGUGGCCUCGACUAUUUGGAGGAGCGGGCAGGGUCAUCUGUUGUGGAGGCGAUGCUAUCUAGAGCUGCGCCGGUCUUUUAUGGCAAUCUUAGGAGCCAUGAGAGGGUUCCCUUGCCAUUUUCCACCUUCAUCGAUUUUUGUAAACAACGACAUAGGCAAAACACGGUUGAUCCUUGCAGCAUCAAUUCUGAGCAGGAGAGGCAUCAGCUGGGAGAAUCUGAUAUUCAACAAAGCUGUUUGCCGGCUGGAGAUUCUGCUCCUAAGCAAAUCUAUUUAGCACAGGUUCCAAUUAUGAAUGCUGAGAAUGAAGAGAGGGUUCAACUACAAAUUUUGAGUGAAGACAUUCAAAUGCCUGCGAUUUUGGAGACAAAAGCUAUAUCAUCUAUUAAUUUGUGGAUGAACAGUGAUCAAGCUCGGUCAAGUACUCACUAUGAUCCACAUAAUAACCUUCUAUGUAUAGUAUCUGGAUGUAAACAAGUUGUUUUAUGGCCUCCUUCUGCAAGUCCCAUGUUGUACCCCAUGCCAAUAUAUGGGGAGGCCUCAAACCAUAGUGCUGUUGCGUUAGGAAACCCUGAUUAUUCUGUUUAUCCAAGAGCACAAUAUGCAAUGGAGAACUCUCAAAAGGUUGUUCUUCAUGCAGGUGAUGCACUUUUCAUUCCUGAAGGCUGGUUCCACCAAGUAGAUAGUGAAGACUUGACAAUCGCAGUUAAUUUCUGGUGGCGUUCCAGCAUCAUGUCUAGCAUGUCAGACCACAUGGAUGUCUACUAUCUGCGCAGAAUACUGAGAAGAUUGACAGACAGAGAAAUGGUAUGUAUCUUGGUCAGAUGCCAUUUACUUCAGAUAAUGUUUGUCAAUAUAACUUGACACACAUCUUUGUUCCUCCUUACCUCACUCCCAGACAUUGCCAAAGAAUAUGCUUGUCUGAAUCAUUUUUCUGUCAUGAUUUCAAUCUAAAAUACAUUUGCAGAAAUUUUCAGAUCUCAGUCAGUUUUCCUUAUUUUCAUUAAUGCAAUGUACCUUCUGGAUUUUGAAAUUUUACCCAAGUUUUUAAUAAUCUGUUCAGGAUAGUUUUUGAACUUGUUGCAGAUUAGAAACACAAGCAGUAUCUGUUGAUGUAUUUUCCAAAAUUGCUGCUUUGUGUUUCUUGCCUGUAUACAGUAGCCGUAGCUGUUUGUAUUGAAAUCCACUGCAUUUUUCUUUGUUACUUAUCCCAUUCUAAAAUCUAGCAAACACUAUGAAGUGUAUUUUGUUUGAAAUUAGGGCAGAACCAAGUAUUUCUAAAAGGUUCUCCUUGUGUGGGGAGACCGAAAAGACAGAUGGAUGAGGUGCCGAAUAAAGGAGGUAAGUUUUG